AUGAGUUUGAGUGUGCGUGAGACGGCGUACACUUUAGUGUACGAUCCAAACCCGAAUUUUGCGCGAAACACGGCUUCUGAAUUCCAAAAAGCGCUCGAGAAAGGGUCAGAUGAACAAAAAGUGGAAACGAUGAAAAGGGUCUUAGUGACGAUGCUUGACGGGAAUCCGAUGCCCGAGCUGUUGAUGCAUGUGAUUCGGUUUGUCAUGCCGUCGAAAAACAAGCAGCUCAAGAAGUUGUUGUAUUUUUACUGGGAGAUUGUGCCGAAAUUAGACGAUGAGGGCAAACUACGGCAAGAAAUGAUUCUGGUGUGCAACGCAAUCCAACACGAUCUGCAGCAUUCGAACGAGUACAUCAGAGGCAGUACAUUGCGAUUUCUGACGAAGCUCAAAGAGGCAGAUUUGUUGGAACAAAUGGUUCCUGCGGUGCGCACGUGUCUUGAGUAUCGUCACGCGUAUGUGCGCAAAUACGCUAUUUUGGCAGUGGGAUCCAUUUACAAAGUCAGUGAGCAUUUGAUCCCAGAUGCACGCGAUGUGAUUGAUACAUUUUUGGCCGCUGAAACGGACCCGAUCUGUAAACGUAACGCGUUUUUGGGACUUUCCGAAUUGGACCGUGAAGCUGCGUUAAGCUAUCUACAAGAGCAUAUCACGGCCAUUGAGACUUUGGACCCGCUUUUGCAAGACGCGUUUGUCGAUUUCAUUAGAAAGGACGCAGUUCGCACCCCAACUCUGAAACCGCAAUAUAUCGAUUUGCUUCAGGAUUUGCUGGCCUCUACGAAUUCUAACGAAGUAGUUUUUGAAGCCGCACUUGCUGUAAGCGUGUUGACCAAUGAUCCGCUCAUCUUGGCAGAAGUGGCAUCCAAGUUGAUUGAUUUGGCCGUCAAGGAAUCUGACAACAAUGUCAAACUUAUCGUCUUACAAAGGAUUCAAGACAUUCAUAAGAGAGCAAUGGGAGACUUGGAAAGACUUACACUUGACAUUUUGAGGGUUUUGAGUGCACAAGACCUGGAUGUUCGCGCUAAAGCACUUGAAAUAUCUCUCGAACUCGUGAGUUCCAGAAACGUGGACGAUGUUGUCAAGCUGUUGAAAAAAGAACUGCAAAAAGCAGUUGCCGAUUCUCAAAAUGAUGAAAAAGCUUCUGACUAUAGACAAUUGCUCAUCAACAACAUUCACAAAGUCGCUAUCAGUUUCGUGGAAGUUUCUGCAGAAGUUGUCUCUCUCUUGUUAGAAUUUAUCGGCGACCUAAGCUCCACUGCGGCAAGCGGUGUGAUAUCUUUCAUCAAAGAUGUUAUUGAAAGGUAUCCAAAGUUAAGAAAAGAAGUUCUGCAACAUCUAAUUGGAGCACUUCCUUACGUCAAUUCGGGCAAAGCCUAUCGCGGCGCUUUAUGGAUCUUAGGUGAAUAUGCUCUGGACAAGGAUGACGUCCAAAACUCUUGGAAACAUAUCCGUCAAAGCAUAGGAGAAGUUCCAAUAGUUCAGACGGAAUUGAGGUCUACCACGGGUGGUCAAGAUGAGGCGCGAGAACUUCAAGAUGUCCCAACGGGUCCGGUUGUUUUGCCUGAUGGUACUUAUGCGACAGAAUCAGCAUUUACAGCCACCUCUACAAAGGCGUUCACGAAAGAGGAGAAAGACUCUAGGCCUCCUUUGCGUCGUUUCAUUUUGAAUGGUGAUUUCUACACCGCAUCGGUCUUAGCAUCCACAUUAGUCAAGCUAGUUUUAAGAUUUGAAAAGGGUAAUCAUGAUGAAGCUAUCAUCAAUGCCAUGAAAGCGGAAGGUAUGCUCAUUUUGGUGAGUAUUUUGAGAGCUGGUCAAAGUUCGCUUGUCCAGAAGAAGAUCGAUGAGGAUUCUGCAGAAAGAGUUUUGACCGCUAUUUCAAUUAUAAUGGGUAACUUCGACGCGAACCAAGAGACGCAAGAACGUGAACUCCUAGAGUUGGCGUUUUUGAAAGCAACUAGAUCCUCUUUUGAAGAGCAAGCGGCCAUUGCGAAACGGGUAAAGGCCAAGAAAUUUGCAUCCCUCGCUGUCAAGUCAGCCGAGCCUAUUGACAAAGCUAUAGUCUUCAGGCAAUUUAGUCAGCAAGAUGUGCACAAUACUCCUGUUGACCAGGUCGAUGAGGACUUGGAAAUGGCCAUUACAGGUGGAACUUCUGCCGCCUAUCAAGAAGCGGUGUCUCUUGAAUCGAAGCUCAAAAAGAUUGUUCCCCUGACCGGUUUCUCAGAUCCUGUAUAUGCGGAAGCUUAUAUUACUACGCAUCAGUUUGACAUUGUGUUGGAUGUGCUGCUUGUGAAUCAAACGAAGGAAACGCUCAAAAAUUUACACUGUCAGUUCGCGACUUUAGGAGAUCUGAAGAUCAUAGAUAAUCCUCCAAGUACCAAUGUUGUCGCACACGGAUUCCACAAAAUUUCUAUAACAGUUAAAGUGUCAUCUGCUGAUACUGGCGUGAUCUUUGGUAAUAUCAUUUACGAUGGUGGCCACGGUCAAGACGCGAGGUACGUUAUCAUGAAUGAUGUUCACGUUGACAUUAUGGACUAUAUCAAACCUGCUUUCACGGAUGAAGCUAAUUUCCGCAAAAUGUGGAAUGCAUUUGAAUGGGAAAACAAAAUUACAGUUCGGUCGAAACUACCAACUCUCCACGCUUACCUCAAAGAAUUGAUGAAAGGUACCAAAAUGGGUAAUUUGACGCGAGAUGCACCAUCGAAAGACGAGGAAGAGUGCAGAUUCUUGAGUUGCAACCUGUACUCUAGGUCUUCAUUUGGGGAGGACGCGCUAGCGAAUCUUUGUAUUGAAAAGGAUCUGGAAACGGGCGAGGUUGUUGGACAUGUUCGCAUCCGUUCCAAGGGUCAAGGUCUUGCACUUUCCCUAGGUGACAGAGUUGCUCUGAUUGCCAGGCAAAUAAAUAAAGUCAAGUUAGAUCGCGUAUAA